AGUUCUCAGCCUCGGCGUUAUCCGGGUUUAGAGCUAGAGGAGCCGCUUGUCGGGCAUCAUCAGGCCGCCGUCCUAGAGACUACGGUUUGGUUUUUAUUUCAAGUUUAACGUUCUUGUGAGGAACGAUGGCUAUUUGAAAUGGCACAGAAAGACACCCUGUUACAUCUCUUCGCAGGGGGGUGUGGUGGAACUGUAGGUGCCAUCAUGACCUGCCCCCUGGAGGUAUUAAAAACCAGACUACAGUCAUCUGGCCUCACCCUCAGACCUGUUUUCCAGGUCCAGCUGGGUGCAUUCAACGGUGCUGGCGUCAUUAGACCAGGACCCGUCACCCCUGGCUUGCUACAAGUGUUACGGUCAAUUCUAGAAAAAGAGGGACCAAAAUCUCUAUUCAGAGGAUUGGGUCCAAAUCUUGUUGGUGUUGCACCUUCAAGGGCGAUCUACUUUGCAGCUUAUUCAAAGUCAAAAGAGACUUUCAAUGGCAUCUUUGUCCCAAACAGUGGAAUUGUCCACAUGUCCUCAGCUGGCUUUGCAGCAUUUGUCACAAACUCCCUGAUGAAUCCUGUCUGGAUGGUCAAAACAAGAAUGCAGCUUGAGAGAAAGGCACGUGGGGAGAAGAAAAUGAACGCGUUACAAUGUGCGCGGUACGUGUACAAGACUGAAGGCAUGCGAGGUUUUUACCGGGGCCUGACAGCAUCGUAUGCCGGCAUCUCAGAGACCAUGAUCUGCUUCCUUAUUUACGAGACGCUGAAGAAGUACCUAGCACAGAGUCGGUUCACCACACCUGACACGGACACAGAAAAAGGGGCUUCAGAUUUCUUGGGCCUCAUGGCUGCUGCUGCAUUUGCCAAGGGUUGUGCCUCCUGCAUAGCCUAUCCACAUGAGGUAAUUCGGACAAGACUAAGAGAAGAAGGAAGCAAAUACAAGUACUUCUUUCAGACGGCGCGCCUAGUGGCGGUGGAAGAGGGAUAUGCAGCUUUUUACAGAGGACUCAUUCCACAGCUCAUCAGACAGAUCCCCAACACCGCCAUAGUGCUGUCCACCUAUGAGCUCAUUGUCCAUCUGCUGGGUGAACCCUCCAAAUGAAGCUGCACACAACAUACAUUUGACCUGCAGCUAAAGUGGACAGGAAAGAAUCCAUUGUAGAAAGGGAUGUUUAUUUGGAUUACCCAAAGACUUUAAAUAGCUUUUUUUAUUUUAAGUUGACUGCAUAUGUUAUAAGAACUGUUUUGCUUGUUUGUGUGUUAUGUAAGUGGCGCAUAUUGCAUAGCUACUCCAUGAUGUUUGUGUAUACUGUAUCAGUGUACAGCAAAAGUUCAACUGAAUAUAAAAAUAGGGCUUUUAAGUUAACUAAAUUAUUCUUAUUAUAAGUAGCGUUUUGUUGCAGGCCAUUGAAGUCUUUGGAUCUAUGAUAUGGUACAUGUCCAAGAGUUUUGUAGAGUUUAAGAGGAGUUAAUCAUUGGUGGAUCCGGGUUUUAUUAUGUUCUUGGAAGGAAUGCUGAUGAUACUGUAAUGGGGCGUAGAAAUGCUUGUUAGCAGCCAACAAGUUCACGUUGCAAUAUUACUUCACGACAACUAGUAGCACUGGAAUCUGACCAAUCAAUUCCAUUCACCUCUUUACUAGAAACCUUUAAUCUGUUUACUAUAUGUUAUAGUUGUUAAUCUUUUACAGAAAAGGAGGGCCUUGAUGCAUAUGCAGCUGUGGGUUUGAUAAAUUAAAUAAGGACAAUUAUUUUUGUUGUUGUUGUUGGGAAUGCACAGAUAAAAUGAACCACAUAAAUAAAUAUACCUUUUUAAGA